GCAAAGUUUGAAGUUUUGAAAGUUGUUUUUGUAUUUUGGUGGACAAUCAGUCAUUGAUUCAUGGCUGAAGUCGGACAAGAAUUACAUCUUACAGGUAAUUGCUCAGUCAAACCAUCUACACCAACAAGUGGGAAACGAAAAUCUUCUAGUCGGUUGAGUUUGUUUCAUUCAACUGCUAGGAAAUCACGAGCAUCUGCUGGUGAUUUAAAUGUACCCACCCCUAAUAAUGCUUUGACCUCGCUAACUGAUGGAUCUUCUUCAGGUAUUGAUUUCUUGUUUCGAAUUGACUUCUACUAGGAUGUAAGAUGGCGUUACGUAGCUGACUUGUUCAGGUGUCUAUCUUGACGGUAUGAAAUAGAUGAAUUGAGUUUUUUGGUUACUUCCUCUACUGCGGAAGUCUAAUUAUACGUGAUUAGAUCUAUGAGUAGUAAAACCUUGUCAUAAAUCCAAAGUAAAUAUUUGCCUCCUUAUGGGCUUCCAUAUUGUUUACGUUUAAUUCUGAGAAAUGUGCUGAACUGACCCGGCUUAUCACUGCUCUAUUUCAUUGUAAUUGAUCCGUUACUCUGUGCUUUUAGUUAGGUGAAUGUAUAUCGUGUAAACAACCAUGUAUUUAAUAAUAAAAAUGGUCUUGAGCAAACAUAGGCUGUUCAGUAAGAGGUCUAGCGGUAUUUUUAUUUAAUUAACAACAACUAGGCUCAUCAUUAUCUUCCUUUUAUUUAAAAGUAACACCGGAAAGUGGAGGAUUCUUCCACUUUGGUGAAGACGCUGACAAAAUGCAGAAUGUUCUGGUAGCACUAAGCAAAAAUGCCAGAAUGUUUGGAAUGCGCUUCUCUCCCUCUAAAUGCAAGUUGUUGCUUCAGGACUGGUCUACGUCAACACCUGAACUAAGGAUAGGGAGUGAAGUAGUCGAACGCGUUGACAACUUCACUUAUCUUGGAAGUCUGAUCAUCCCUAAUGGGAUGGUACCGGACGAAAUCUCAGCACGGAUUCGAAAAGCUCGUUUGGCUUUCGCCAACUUACGACACCUUUGGCGAAGGCGAGAUAUCCGUCUAUCAAUAAACGGACGAGUAUACUGCGCGGCAGUCCGUUCUGUCUUACUUUACAGCAGCGAAACAUGGCCUUUAAGAGUAGAAGACACCCGUAAGCUACUAGUAUUUGACCACAGAUGCCUUAGAAAUAUUGCUGGCGCCUGUUGGGAUCACCGGGUAAGUAAUAGUGAGGUUCGACGCAGGGUAUUAAUUAAUGAUGGUAAAUCAGUUGAUGAGGUUGUUAAUCUUCAUCGACUGAGAUGGUUGGGCCACGUGUUACGUAUGCCUGAACACUGAAUACCAUGUCGUGCAAUGCUAACGGGUGUUAGAGAUGGUUGGAAGAGAAUUAGGGGCGGCCAAACCAAAACGUGGCAUCAGUGCUUGAAGACACUAACCUCUAGUCUGAGCCAUGUUGAUAGAUGCAGACUACUUGGUUGGGGUCCGCGUGACUUUCGUAACCGAUGGUUGGAGACUCUUGGUGACGGCUCAGAAUCGAUCACAAUGGCGUCGGUGUAUACACACCCUAUCUUUCCUUAGACUAAGAGAUUAAAAUCACUUCAUAUCUUUCUUUCUACUAACUAAUUCUUUCUUCCUAUACUAUAUCCUUAUUGCAAUCUUUCUCCUAUAUGUUAACACCUUUGACUUAACCACUCCUAUGAAUCCGGUAAUCAUCUUGCUGUGCUAAUGAGGUAUGUCAACCUGAACCGAUGCACAUAUGUGCCUGGUCCUACGUUGUAGCUGACUGACUGACUGGAAGAUUCUUCUAAUAAGAUCUGUCAGUGCUCUGCAGUGUAAGUUAUUUUCACAAUAUUUCACACUCUAUAACUUGAUACAAACAAUUUUAUAACUGGUUUACAGUCUAGCUCAACUCUAUUGAGUGAAUUGGAACAAUAAAUAUGUACAAAUUUGAGUACUUAACCAGAAUGUGAGCUGUUGUCAAAAGUUUCUCAACUGUUAGAUGGUUAUCCAUACUCAGAUUGGUGGACAAAUUAGCCUGAUUCGUGUACAUUAUUAUUGUUAGAGUGAAUAGAGUGACUUUGUUGAUUUCUUGUCUUUGUGAAUCAUUUACCGGUCAUCCCGUUCACUUACAUUCUGGUUGUUACGAUCAUUUGUUGACUUUUGCAUCCUUCGAUCACUUUAUAAGAGUUACUAUGAUGUCGUUUUUCUGUAUACUUUUUUCUUUCAGACUUACACGACACACCGAUGCGUGCCAAACUCGAAAAAAGGCAGCAUCGUAUUUUCGAAUUUUUUGUGACAGAACGAAACUAUGUUGAGAUUCUACGUUAUUUGUGCUUGAGCGCUUAUCCAGUUAGUGUUAAUUGUCUUAUGUUUUCUAAAUUUAGUUUUAAAAUUUUAAUUUUUGUCUGUACAUAUUUCAUUUUCAUUGCUUUCUUUUGCUGCGUGUAGCAAGUUAUCGACGAAAAUCAACCAGGUGGACCUGUUUUGCCGCGGCAGGAAGCUGAUUUCGUGUUUGGCAAGCUUGGUGCUAUUUAUGAACUACAUGAUCGUUUACAACCUCAGUUUAAUGAGCUGGAAAAUAAUUGGUCGUUAUCUGAAAGUUGUCUUGGGAAUGUACUUCAGCUUAGUUUAUUGACUGAAAUGGAUAGAGCAUAUGGGAAUUAUAUGCAAUUUUACAGUCCACCACAUUUACACCACCUUGGUGAACAAUUUCCCCGUUUUCAUGCGUUCAUGCGUCAAGUUGAAAAAAGGAAAGAAUCUGGUCGUCAAAGUUUGACAGCUUUACUAGUUCGUCCAGUCCAACGACUUCCUUCGAUCUCACUUUUAAUGGAUGGCAUUGCCAAAUUCACACCUCAAUCACAUCCAGAUUACAACGCAGUUAAAGAGUUUGCUAAAGGAAUUAACGAGCUAUUGGCUAAAAUAAAUGAUCGGUUAAGGAAAAAUGAAGAACGUCUGUCUUUAUUAUCUUUAUAUCAUGAAAUUAGUGGUGCCCCGCCUGAGAUGUUAUCUUCCUCUCGAAGUCUAGUGGCAAAACUUAACGUUUUUGAAUUAGGAGUAAGCGCUUCUGGAAAUACAACUUGCGAACCUGUGACACUUUUCUUACUAUCCGAUAGUUUGGAAGUAGCUCGUCCUCGUAAACGAUUUACUGGUGAACCUCUUGCACACGCUAUUCGAGCCGCGUUAGCUGCAGUACAAGGUGAAGGGUCUGAACACAACUUCGACGGUAAUCAUGAUCAAACUUCAAUUAACAAUGGCGAUUUUUCAUCAAAUCCGUCAACAAAUACUGCUUUAAGUGGAGUUUCUGUUUCUCGGACUGGUUCAGGUGCAUCCGGGACAAGUGUGGUGAACCUUGGUCUUAUGGAAGGCAAACAAAGGUGUUGUUACAAGCAUUUACAGUUGCUGAAAUUACAGGAGAUAAAACAAGUGGUCAAUUUUGAUACUGCCUCUCCAGACCGAGCUGCUUUCGGUUUAGUGGUACGUUCCAGUUCCGAGGUUGAUGAUCGUGUUCAUGCUUAUUGCUUGGCUGCCAGUUUUGCAGCCUCAGCGGCAGUUGUCAGCGGGAAGUGCCCAGAACCUGUUGAAUCAGCAGUUGCAGCGGCCACAGCAUCCGGACAGAUUUCCAAUGCAGUCAGUGUAGAUACUUCACCAUCAAAUAUAACUACUAAUUCAAACAAUUCACAUGUAGCAAUGUUACAGGCGUGUGUUGGUGAAGCCAAACGUGUUUUUCUUCACAGAUUAUGCCAUCAUAUUUGUCUUGUUUCAUGUAUAGCAAAGAAUCCAGAAGAAAUACUAGUAGAUGUCGAACCGGAAGAAUUACUCGGUUUUGACUUAGAACAAGUUUUUAACGCAACUGCUUUGGCUUUAUCUUCUAAAAGAAUCACGCGACAAUUAACCCGCAAUAUAUCUAUAAAAACCCCUCGCCGUCUACCAGCUGCCAAACGCCAAUUCGGGACACAGCCUCCACAACCACCUAGCACUCCAACUUCCCAUAGAUUGCAGGUUCCCAUUGAGAUGGAUGAAAGUCAAACAACAGACAUGUAUCUUAUCCCAAGUCCAAGACGUUCAAUGCUUGGUUCAUUUCUGGGUUCAUCUUGUACAUCAUUAAGCAAUUUUCUAAACACAGCCUUGCGUACUAAUAACAAUCUAAAUAAUAUUAAUCAUGGAAAUUCCGCGCUCAAUCGUGCUAUGCUACCUCCUAGUCGUUUAGCUAUGACACCUAAACCGAUUCGACGUCUUCUACCUCGUUCAUCCAGACAAAAUUCAUUCGAUGAUCUUGAUCUAAAUGAUGAUGAUGAUGUUCCUUUUUCUCAACUUGGAAGUUCUCUUCUUAGUUUAACAAGUCUAGACAGUCUCUCGACACUGGAUAAUCCUGUUAAUCGAGUUGAUGUUAUUUCUAACCGCAAUACUCCUAAUCUUAAGUGCCGUGCCGGUAGUGCUGUUUGGGAGUCAACAAGUCAUCUUGGUUUCAGUACAUCAGAUGAUGUUCGUCAUUCAUUCAAAUCACCAUCCGGAUCGUUUCUUGGAGGUUUUGAUGAAGGAUGUUCUAGAAAGCAUGGUAAAAAGCAGAAAAAACCGAAACUUCGUGCCGUAAGUCAAAUGUUUCAGAGAUCUUCAAUUAUGGUUAAAGCAAAAGAGUCAAGGAAAAUAGGCUCUGAAAAAAAUGACGCUGAUUUAAAUUCUCAAAAUUCCCUUCCUAGUUCCCGCCGUGACAGCUUAUUUCGUGGUUUGUUUUUCAGAAAAAAUUAAUUUCUUAUGCUGCCAUGUACACAUUAAUAUCCUCGUCUUGUUUGAAUGAACACAUUUGUUCGUUUGUAUAAAAUUUCGUUCAAGACAAAUUUUUAUAACAGUAAUACUACUAAUUAUUUGCAUUUUACUAUAUAGUGAUAUGUGUAAUU